UACUACACAUAAACAGAGAAGCUUAAAAUCGUGAAGAUAAAAACCGCCGGUAAUUUAUAGAUACAUUUUUCGAAUACGUAAAUACGUACAUAAGUGUGUAAAAUAAGUAAAAAAAAAAAAACUGCAAUCACGUUUUUUGCACUACAGUAAAACUUAAAAAAAGAUACAUCUUUUAGAUACUUGGGAAAACAAUAAAAAUCGUUGUUGUACGCUCACACUUAACUACAAGAUAUCUCUAUAAAACCGACAAACUCGCAUCAAUAGCUGUUGCUGCUGCAGCAGCAGAAAUGGCUUCAACAUCAUCGAAAGCGAUAACGUACUCAUUACAUACACGCCUACUACUUCAUGCAUUGUGUAUGGUAUGUGUUUGUUUGUGAAUGUGCCUUGUGAGAAUAUUUAAUGUGCAAGAACUGCUGCAGCACCGGAUCUCAUGCUCUUGUUGUUGCUGUGGUGCACUGGACGACCGAAACGAGACGAUUCAUAUGAUGUGUGAAUUGUAUACAUAUGUUUGUGAUGGUGUUGGUAGUUUGUAUACAAUUGUAUCGUUUGUUUGAAUGUUUAUUUGUGUAUUUUUAAAGGUAUUAAACUUCUUUAUCUGAGGAUAAAGCUGUAAAUAUCCGCGAGAUUUACUACACGACGCGUGUCAUUUCGUUCCCCAAGAAAAACAGCAAAAAUACAACUGAAGUGGAAGAAAAAGAAACCAUCCAAAUAUAAACAAAAAAAACCCUAAAUUCAAACUGCAACAACUGGAAAAUUACAUUGAAUACCCAAACAACCUUAAAUCCUGCAAUUCGUCGGUUAUUGUUUAUUCAUAUUGGAGUCAUCGUAACGACUUCAAAAAUCGCCAACUGAACCAACUGCAUCAUCACAUCCCAAAAAAAAAAAACAAGAAGAAAUUGUUUGCUACUCGAACUCAUAUUAUAUGGUUUAUAUGUUUGAAUAUUUGUCUGUCCGUCUGUCUACUCACUCGUUUUUUAAAUGGCAACAUUUAGGCCAAAACUGCAAUUGCAUUGAUUUGAUUUCUCAUCGUAUUCUCUAGAGGAGUUUUGGUUGGUUUUUGUUUUACGUUUCGUUUGUUGACCAGAAGCAUCCGUUAAUGUUUUACCAACAACUUAACGGCUCGUUGUUUCUUAUUGCCAUCAUGUACACUGCUAGCUGCUGCUCGUACUAUACUCAACUUUUCUCGUACAACAAUCAGUGAUUUUAAAUCUUUUUGAAUUUUAAAUUUAAACCAUUCAACGACAAUAAGAAGAAAAAUACCAAAAAAAUAAAAGUAAAAAACUAUUUACCAAAUGUGAAUUUUGUGGCGGCUUCUUCUAAAAAAAAUUGUACAAAGAAAAAAAAACUAACUACAAACGUUCAAUUUCUAUAAGACUGCAGAGAAAAAAGUACUACAAUAAAAAACUUUUGUGGCGUGAAAAUAAAAAAACAGAACAAUUGUUUAUUGUCUUUUCAGACAAUAGCAGUUGCAGAAAAAAAAGGAAUUUCGCUUGGAAAUUACAAUCAUAACUUGUGUUUUGUGCUGGUUUUUUUGUAAAAUUUUCUAGACUUUUUGUCGCCGCAGCCGAAGCCGCCGCCAUGUUGGUUCCGCCCGAUAUGAUGGCCGCCCAAACGCGCAUGAUCUAUCAGAUGAAUCGUUAUUGUGCUGAACGUGUUCAAGCUCGCAUGUUUAAAACUGCUACGGCCAUUCGAGAAAUCUGCAAAAUUGUCCAGGAUAUUUUGAAAGAGGUCGAAUUGCAGGAGCCUCGUUUUAUCUCUAGUUUAGUUGAGUGUAAUGGCAGAUAUGAAGGCGUUGAAGUCAUCUCCCCCACAGAAUUCGAAAUUGUUUUAUAUCUCAAUCAAAUGGGUGUUUUCAAUUUCGUCGAUGAUGGUACUCUACCCGGUUGUGCUGUGCUCAAAUUAAGUGAUGGCCGCAAAAGAUCCAUGUCUUUAUGGGUGGAAUUUAUAACAGCCUCCGGUUAUCUAUCGUCAAGAAAAAUUAGAGCACGUUUUCAGACUCUAGUAGCACAAGCAUGUGAUAAAAGUAUUUAUCGUGAUAUGGUGAAAAUGAUUGGUGAUACUACGGAGGUAAAAUUGAGAAUACGUGAACGGUAUAUAGUGCAAAUAACACCGGCAUUUAAAUGUUCGGGUAUAUGGCCGAGAUCGGCAGCACAUUGGCCAUUGCCUCAUAUACCCUGGCCACAUCCGAGUAUAGUGGCUGAAGUCAAAACGGAGGGAUUUGAUUUGUUGUCUAAGGAAAGUGUCAUAUUUCAGAAUAAAACAAAUAAUGCCGCCAGCAUGGAGGGAGAUGCUUGGGUGUUGAGUUUUUUUGAAGCCGAAAAUAGAUUGUUGCAAGGUGGCUGCCGUCGUCGUUUGCUUAGCAUUUUGAAAACUUUAAGAGAUCGUCAUUUGGAUUUACCCGGUAAUCCCAUAACAGCCUAUCAUUUGAAAAAUUUACUAUUGUAUGAAUGUGAAAAACAUCCCCGAGAUUUUGAAUGGGAUGAACCAUGUAUUGCGGAUCGUAUCAAUGGCAUAUUUCUGCAGUUAAUAUCCUGCUUACAGUACAGACGUUGUCCCCAUUAUUUUCUACCUAGUUUGGAUCUAUUUAAAGGUAAAUCUCCCAGCGCCUUAGAACAGGCAGCCAAACAGGUGUGGCGUUUAACACGUGAGAUGUUAACAAAUAACAAUGCAUUUGAAAAAUUGUAAAAAAUAGAAGAAGAAAGGGCCCAACUAACAAAAGAUAAAGGAAGUCUGCUGCUGUAAGCAUUAUUUGAUAAAAAUGUGUAUAAAAAUUUUUAUUACAAAUUCCCCUAGAAAAGCAAUUAUUAAAAAUGUGAAGGAUAAAAAUCAAAGAUUUCUCUUUUAACAAAAUUUUUCUAAAAAAAUUCACAACACUAUAAUCCUUAGAUUUUAGAUAAAAAACAUAUUUCAUAUAUGUAUCUUUAUAUUUAUUAUGGAAUGAAUGCUUUGCAUGUGUGUUAUUUUGGAUCUUAUGAAUGAUGUUUAUCGGCACUCAUAUGUUGUAUUUAUCACAGGAUAAUCCGUCUUAAUAUUUUUUGUUACUCUCCCUCUCUUUCUCUACUAUCUAUUGUUUUAAAAAUUUGGAUAUUUUUAAUUUUUUUGUAAAUCGUGGUUUACUAACCCUUAAACAUUUCAUUGUCUCAAAUAAUUCACAAUGAGAAAAAAGUUUUUCUAUUUUGACUAUAACUUUGUAUACGAUUAGAUUUUAUAAUUCAUAACUAAGCAAAAGUGAUAAUUUGUAAUGUAUAAUUAAGGAAAAUGUUUGGUGUAACGAUUUUCAUUGAAAUUUAUACUAGUUAUCGACAAGAUGUUUAAGUGCUUAACGUGAACACCUGCCUGGACGGCCUUAUUUCACGGUCCAUCCACUGGGUAGACUUAAGCCCCGUUGCGGAAUGACAGGCAGCAUGGGAUCAAUCUGAAUGCAAACCCCAACAAGGAAAAAACAAUCACUGGUCUAAAGCUAAUAUGUAGAACUACCCCAACAUUGGGUGAAAUCAAUCCUCCGGUAAACCGGAAGGUGGCCACACUUUCGAUGUCAUUAAAGAUUGCAUUAUUUAAAAUGCAACUAAUGAUGCAAUUCCAGUGCAUUUGUUAACCUCUUUAAGCCGGCGCAACCACACUACUGAGAUGGCCCUGUUGAUCUGGCAACAGCACCUGUAUGUCAGAUAAUGUGACAAAAGAUGUAGGAAUUUCGAAAGUCAAUUCGAACCCGAUAAUUGCCCCGACAAGUUGAGUAGAAGGCCUCACCUAUAGGUCGCGUAGCAUGAAACAAUAUGCAUCCUGUUGAGAUGGCAACAGCACCGAGAAUUUCCCUGAAGUAAAAGGUCUACUAAAUCAGUACUAGGCUCCUGUCGGGCAGAGGAGUCUUUCCCGAUCGUUCACAAAUUGCAUCAGUUCCAUUCUCAGACCAUAAAGACGGAAUGACAGGCAACUACCAAGUGUCAACCAAAAAAUUUCCCAACCUAUACUGGCGCCCUACUACGCGAAGAGUAAGAUAUACUCAACAGGUUCAGGAAUCACCUAGUGACAUCUGUUGAGAUGGCAACAGCACCGGAAAGAGAAUCCAGACAUAUAUGGCAUUUGGAUAUAUCAGUUCUUAAACCAGAAUACUUUCCCCACGAAUUUGGCUUUAAACCACAGCCACUACGUGGAUCCCGAAAGAACCUCAACCAACCGUAGUGCCAGAUUAUGUGGUGCUCUGUCCGACCCCAUGUCAAAUCAUUUCAAGGAAAGGCCGAGGAUACAUUUGAUCAUCACUAUUUUAUAGUUCCGGCAGACUAGUGAUAUUGGUAGCACCUCUUUUCCCCGGGAUAUUGCAAUAACACCAAAAAGUAGAUUUCACCAAGGCAACGUGCCCCCGGGGGUACUAGUUAUCGACAAUAAAGAUACCCCGCAACAUCUGUUAUGUAAAAAAAGAAACUAAAGCAGCCGGAGAACUGAUUUUAGGUAUAAUGUCAAUGGCCGCCACCCAUUGCACGAAUUUCGGCAUCCAGUAUAAGCUAGUAGUUUAAAAAAUCCUCUAUCAAAUUAGGUAUAUUUUGGCCUAUAUAGCACAUACAGCAUCUUCUUCCGAUAUCUCUAUAUACUGACAGAAAUGUUUGGUAUCGGAAGUAGACAAAAUAUAUUAGGUCCUCAAAGGAAUCUUGAACAAUCUAUAUAUUUCCAUUCUUCUGUUUCCAAUAGUAGAAAUAUUAUCCAGAGAAAAGAAUGCUAAAGAAUUAAAUGUUCUUAAAUUAUUACAUAAAGAAAGAAGGUUCAGCGGAAAGGAACUAGAAGAAUGAAAAUUUUCUAAAAUAUUAUAUAUAUGUAUAUAUAGGAUGCAAUUUUUCUUAUCUGUUGAUCAGCGAUAUUUUAUAUUGAAAAUGGAUUCAAAAAUAGUGUUUUUUAAAUUUCUCAAAUCUCAGAUGUGAUGGAGAAAAUCUGAGGUCAGUGCGAUUCAAUCCUUUAGAAAAGUCUAAGAGUUUCAAAUUUUUUUCAAAUCUUUUCGGCCUGUGUAUUAAGAACAUGAUACCCCAGAAUGCAAAAUUGAUUUUGUCAAUGUGACUUAAAAUCGUUACACUUUACAUUUUCCCAAUAAUUUAUAAUAUUUAUAAAUUUUGUUUAAAACAAUUAAUAAGUCUUAAUAUUUUUCUAAAAAAUAUAUAAAACUUAUAGCAAAAAAUUAACAUAAAAUGUGCAAUUUGAAAACAACAUAAGUAUACAAAUAAGAUUUAAAAAAAUAAUUUUGUAAAAAUUAAAAAAAAAAACAAAUUUGUUAAAUUUUUUUAUUAUUAAGUUCAUUAAUUAUUGUGUGAAAAAAAUAAAUAAAAAUCAUGUUAUAUAAAACUACUCAAAAUAUUAAUAAAAAUUUUAAAUU